AUGCAAAAGACGGCUCCGAUUGUUGACUUGGAGACUUUUCUUCGUGACUCGUUUCCGUCACACAGUAACUUAUUCACAACGGAGGAUGUCGUCCGUGCGCUUGCCGAUUACACGGGAACAUUGCACUGGGAGGCAUCUCUGGCGGUGGACCUGCGUCAGUCACACCAUACCUUGCAGCAGGUGCAAACCUACGCGACAAAAAUAAUGAUGGAAAAGAGAGAAAUUAGUCAAGAAAUAUCCCGCACGAUGGCGAUGCUGCAGACAAAUGAAGACGUAUUCGAAGACAAAGAAGCCAUGUGGCAAAGUGGAGAAGAUUCAACUCCUUUGCCUGUCAAACCGUGCGUGCAAAAAAUGAAAAAGAUAUGCAAACAAUUUCGAGAAAGUGGGACGUGCAAGUUUGGUUCACGGUGUCUCUAUCACCACUCAGCUCCGUUGCAGGGGCAUGCAGCGGAAUCCAACGCGACGAAGGCAUCAGUCGGCCAUUCGUUGGGUAUUAUGGGCCGGUGCGUGGAAAAGUUGCAGGAUUUAAAAGUCUCUAGUGAGGCAUUCGAUUUGCAUUCAAAGAGAAGGAAGCCUGCGGUGCUGGCCGCCCUGCCAUCAUCUACCAACAAUUACUGUUCGUCGCCACUAACCCCACCCAAUGCUACUCUGAAGGUCACGACGGAGAUGCCACAGGAUCCCUCAAAUCCAUUUAAUUAUACUGCGUGCUCAACGUUUACGGCUGUGGGCAGUGUUGUUAUGGUCCCACUUUCGUUGCCUAAUGGAACGAUAUACGGAUACGCUCCCCUUUCGCUCCAGAUGCCAGUUGUUCAAUACCCCAAUCAAUAA